AUGGGUGCUCCUCGGCCAUUUGAUGGUGAAACCAUUGUACACAAGGGGAUCAAAGAAAAUGCAGGAUUAAAUAUAACAGCUUAUUUCACUGCAUAUCCUCCUCCAUCUGUUAUAUGGACAUUUAAACAUGAAGGGAUGAAUAACACUCAAACAAUACCAAGGACAAACUUCACUUCAGUGAAUGUGAAUGAAAGUGUGACCCAGUCAACACUUGUUAUAAGCAAAAUUUCCCAGUCAGAAUAUGGAAAUUAUACUGCUGUAGCAAGAGCAGAGGAAACAGCAAUGAUAACAUUUAUUGUAGGACCACAGCGAAAGCCAUUUUCCCCUGAAGAUGUUAGUGUUACUUGUAAAAUACAUGAUGCUAUAGUUAUUUGGACCAGCAGUUUGGAUGGUGGCUCACCACAGAAUUUCAGUAUUAAAUAUAAAUCCUUGAAUGACAGGAAUUAUCAAGAAUACAGGAGGGUCAUCUUAGACAAAGGAAAAGGUCAGAAGAUAAAUGUAACUGUCGACAAUCUUAAGCAGGCUUCAGAGUAUGUCUUUGUUGUGAUUGCAAGGAAUAAUUUUGGGGCUACCUAUUCUAUGGAAAUGCCAAACUGCACAACAGGAUAUGUUAAUGUGGAGCAAACUGGGUCCAGUGAAGCAUUGAUUGGAGGAUUAGGAGGAGGGAUAGGAGUAAUUUUUGCAUUAAUCGUAGUUGUUGUUGUUGUGAUUGUGAGCCGUAAAGGAAAACCAUUUGGUAAAAAAACAAAAAGAGCAAGUGAAAGCAGAUCAGCACUAAAUGAAAAUGAAGAUGAAGAUGGAUUGAAGGAUAAUAUCCUAUAUGAAUCUGCUGGACCAAGAGAAGAAGGUGUCUCUGGAGUAUCUGUAGCACCAGUAUAUGCUGAAGUAAGGAAAAAAGAGCAAGAACAGAAUGAUACCAAUGCAAAUUUCUAUGCCAAAGUAGAUAAAGAGGCAACAUCACAACAAAGACAAGAUGUUGCCAAAAAAGGAAAGGAUAAGGAACAGAAAACGAAAGGGAAAAAAGGAAAAAAAGACAAGCCAAAAAAAGUGCAAAAUAUGGAUGUUUAUGAAAAUGCUGAAGAAAUGGCGAUGAAGACGAUUGACAAAGAUAAUGUUUAUUCGAAUGCAAGUGAAGUUCCACGUACAACUCCUGGAAGAGGAUACAAGAAUCAAGAUGGAUUGCUUUACGUAGAAGUACAAUUUGAUCCGGAAAAACAGCUAGGAAAACCUGUAAUUCACGGAGAAGAUGAAAAAACGGAUUACGCAACAGUCGAGUUUUCAACUCCUGAUUCACGUUCAGCACCCUGAAAUGAAAAAAAGUCCAAUUAUUAGAUGCAGUUUAUGUA